UGCAACUGUGUGUGUCUGUGUAGAUUUAUUUUAUGAUCACACCAUGUAUGCCAGUGUUGUCAAAUCUUACUCAGAGCAUGGCAGAUUGAUUUUUCUCCCCCCUCUGCAAAGUGUGUAAUUUCUUUCCUAAAUAAUUUUGGGUACCUGUCCAGUUGGGUUAGGGGGCUUGUUUGCUGAUGGCUUUGUUCCUGGAACUGGCCGCCCAUGGAGGACAGGAAUGAUAUUUUAAGGAGAUGAGAUCAAUGGGAAUCCGUGGAAUUGGGAGUGGAAAAAUUACACACUGUAAUAUGUGCAGCCAAGGAAAGACAAAUAAAAGGAGCUCGUAGCCUCAGUGAGCUGAUCUGUCCCAGGCAGCGGCACACGAGGCAAACUGCUGUCUCAACAGUCUGGGUUUACAACGUACUCGAACUUCCAUUGAUAUCUUACAUUUGAUACAAAAUAAAUUCUAAUCAGGUUGUGGGAAAUAUUAAAUUUCAAUUGGAAAUAUAUUAAUGUAUUUACUACAACACGUCACUUAUAGUGUAUGAAAAAACAAGACUUAAACAUUGGGGUUGUUUAAAAGAACAUGUUGCGAUUUACAGAUAAUUUUUGUAUCAGUCUUUAAUAUUUUCAAAACAUAUUAAGUCUAAAGAACUGUAAAUGCAGAAGUGGUGAUUUGUGGAAAUCAGAUGUCUGUUGCCUCAUUGUAUUUAGAUCAUUUUAUUUUAAGGGCUUGCAGACAAAUGUCUAGAAAUGUGUUCUUAUAUUUACACUCUGUAUUCUUGAUAAUGUGCCACGUUGUAUGUUCUUUCAAUUGGUCUAUUUAUUUCAUUUUUUAUAAUUAAAUUUCACCACAAUUAAGAGAUUAAUUUUUUUUUAGAAAUAUAUUAUAAAUCUCUAACAGAAAUGAAUUCAGGAUAAAGUCAGAGAGCUGAGUUCUGUUAGUGUUUAUUGCUUUACUGCACCAUUUGUUCACAGAACUUCUUUAGGUUGAGCUGCAAAUCAUUGUCUAAACAUAUCAAUAUCUUACAUAGAUGUAAUAAUCUCCUAUGGCCUUUUUUUCUAACAUGAAUCAUACAGGUGCACUUUUCUUUCAGGUGCGUGCUGAUAGAAAAUUAAACAAACAGCAAUAACCAUGUAAGUGGGGAUUGCUGUAACAUGUCAGGUCUUCUAAGUGUAUUUAUAUCUUUUAUUGUAAUGUAUUUCUGAAUUUGACGACAAACCCAUUAUUUAGUUAAUUUAGCAGUUCUUACACCACUCCACCAUGGAUGUAAAAUAAACGUAAUAUGAUAUGAUCAUCAUUAGGUUCAAGGAAAUAUUGAGCUUUUUAAUUUUGUAGUUAUUUUCCCCACAAAUGUGAUCAUCAAAUAGAGAAUCACAAUAAUCACAAACAGGAGAAACAUGAUUUAACAAUAAAAUGUCUGACAUUCUCAUCUGUGUUGUAAACCAUUUGUUAAAAACAUGUUUUACUUUCAGUUGACGUUGUCUCCCUGCAGAUAGUCUGACAAAUGUUCAGACAAGUGAUUUCUAUAUAAUUCUACUCUUAAAUGUUAUAGACAUGAUUUUCAAUUGUCAAUUUAUCAAAUAUGUGGUGUUAAAUUCCUUAAUUAGCAUGUUCAUUUCUUCACUUAUAUAAUAUAAUAUACCCUGUAUUGCAAUGGAAGUUAAUAUUUGGUUAUUUGUCAGUUUUGACCACGGUUAUAAUAUUACAAUUGCAACACUAUUAUAAAUUAAUUGAGAAUGUGCACUGGUUUUAAUUCAUCAAAGAAAAUACAGAUUAAUAUGUUGUAUCCCACAUUCAUAACAUUUUUAUGUAUACGGACAAAGAUGUUUUUCUGUGUUUUUUGAUAAAAUGUUGAUCUAACAAUAUUUCUUUCUUACUCCUAAACCAGAAGUUGUUGAAAAGAUGUUAGUGGAUCAAUGUUUUCCUGUUUACCUGUUAACAACUAGUUAUUUGUGGGAUCCCUCCAGCAUUGGCCUGAGUGUGAUCCUCACUUUGGUCCAGCAUGUGACUCUCCCCUGCUAAUUGUACAGCAGAAUUUGCAGACACUCAGUUUCUGGACGUUGCCGUGAUGCCCAUUUGAGAGGAUUAUGGAGAUUGAAUGUGCUCUGUGUAAUUAGCUGUUGUGGAAUCAUUGCAGUAUACACACUAUAGAUUGACCCGAGGGCGCCACGGCUGCCUGGGAUUUAUACCGAAACAGAGUUUUGUCCUCAGAAUAGAGAGAAACACUCCCCUCGUCGCUUUGCGAUAUUUAGAAAUGCGAGUGCAUGGAAGUGAUUACCACACAGCACAGGUUCUACUGAAACCGUAUUUGUUCACAUUUGGUAUCUAACAUUACCAUUUGUAUGUAAUUCAUUGCACUCAAGCUUUUAUUUCCUUUUCUUUGUCUCGUUUAAAUCUGAAUGUCUUUUGGCUCAUGUACUGAGACAAGUUAUUUAUUGUGUGAGCUUGACAAGCUGAUCGUUCAUCAUGUAGCUGUUUGUGCCACCCGGACGUCAGCCAGUUCUGAGGAUUGUCAGUUUAAAUUCCUCUGUGCUUGCUUGAAAAGACACCCGCUCUCAGCGGCAGUGAAUUGAGAUGUGAUUUGUUUUCUCCUUCUAAAUGUUCCAUCAACACCCUUUGCUUUCUUUAAGCCCUGGGCAGAGCCACUGCUCUAUACUAACAAGGCUAUCCCCUUUUUCUUUCAUGAAAUAAGACCUUUAAUGUACUUUUUUUUACGGAAGCAGAAAUAAGUUGGCACACAUUGAUGAAUUAGAUUUCAAUUUAUCUGACUUCAUUCCCAGCUUGCUGCAUUAGAGCCUGAAAACACCCGUCUAGCAGUUUGUCCGCUUGAUUCUUAUUAGGUUUGAGAAAACAAGGCGAGGGAAUUGCAUUAGUGUAUCUUAAGUUAAAAGCUCUUUGCUCUUUGACCAAGUGUUUCAUUGUUAUUGGGUUAAUCAGAUUUUUGCUGUCUUCAUGGAGAUGCUAUCGCAGGCUAGAGGCAGUGGUGGGUAACCAAAGCAGCCGUGCACAGACACGAUCCAGAUGGGAUCAGCUUACGGUAAUUUGGUUUCAGAAUACAUUACCAGAAGAGGCUCCUGGCCGAGAAUGGCCACCCCGCUAGGAGCCAGGAGCUGGUGGCCUCAGUGGCUGCAGCGUCCAGCCCCAGCUGACCGGCCAAACCACCUGUCCCACUCCCACACUCAUCUCCCAGAGCUUUUAGGAGGUGUCGGGAUGGCUUUGUUGUCCAAUUCAUUAGAGAGAUUCCUGAGUCCACUGGCCACGCUGGAGCCCUCUCAUUUCUGGCUGCUGAAUAGAAUGGCUGCUGAUGACCGGCACCUACCCUCCAGUUGUGGGUCCUACAUCAAGACGGAGCCAUCCAGUCCCUCCUCGGUCAUUGACACGGUCAGCCACCACAGCCCCAGCGGCAACUCAGACGCCAGUGGUGGCUAUGUCAGUGCUAUGAAUAGCCACUCCAACGGCCUGGACUCUCCACCUAUGUUCACGCCCAGCGGGCUCGGGGCUGGCACCUGCCGCAAGCGCUAUGACGACUGCUCCAGUACCAUCAUGGAGGACUCGUCCAUAAAGUGCGAAUACAUGUUGAACUCCCUCCCCAAGAGGCUGUGCCUGGUCUGUGGAGAUAUCGCCUCGGGGUAUCACUAUGGGGUGGCCUCUUGUGAGGCCUGCAAAGCCUUUUUUAAAAGGACAAUACAAGGUAACAUAGAAUACAGCUGUCCCGCCACAAAUGAGUGUGAGAUCACAAAACGAAGACGCAAAUCAUGUCAGGCUUGUCGCUUCAUGAAAUGCCUCAAAGUGGGGAUGCUCAAAGAAGGUAAGAAGAGGGUUCGUCUGGACCGUGUGCGAGGGGGCAGACAGAAGUACAAGCGGAGGUUGGAUGCAGAAAACAACCCCUACCUGGGCUUGACACUCCCCCCUCCCACCAAAAAGCCUCUCACAAAGAUAGUGUCUCACCUGUUGGUGGCGGAGCCAGAGAAGAUCUAUGCCAUGCCUGACCCCACCAUGCCCGAGAGCGACAUCAAGGCUCUGACCACGCUGUGCGACCUGGCUGACCGCGAGCUGGUGGUCAUCAUCGGCUGGGCUAAACACAUCCCAGGCUUUUCUACUCUGUCGCUGGGAGACCAGAUGAGUCUACUGCAGAGCGCCUGGAUGGAGAUCCUCAUCCUCAGCAUUGUGUUCCGCUCGCUGCCGUACGAGGAUGAGCUGGUGUACGCCGAGGACUACAUCAUGGACGAGGAGCACUCGCGGCUGACGGGCCUGCUCGACCUCUACGUGUCCAUCCUGCAGCUGGUCCGCAAAUACAAGAAGCUCAAAGUGGAGAAGGAGGAGUUUGUCACACUCAAGGCCAUCGCUCUCGCCAACUCAGACUCCAUGCACAUAGAGGACAUGGAGGCGGUCCAGAAGCUUCAGGACGCCCUCCACGAGGCCCUGCAGGACUACGAGAGCAGCCAGCACCAGGAGGACCCACGGCGGGCGGGCAAGCUGCUCAUGACCCUGCCCCUGCUGAGGCAGACGGCCACCAAGGCUGUGCAGCACUUUUACAGCAUCAAAGUGCAGGGCAAGGUUCCCAUGCACAAACUCUUCCUGGAGAUGCUGGAGGCCAAGGUCUGAUCGGAGGGUGGCUGUUUGGCCAUGCAACAGAGGAGGGCUGCAUUAGAGAUACAGAAAGUGACUUGAACCAAGGCUGAGGGUCCUCCGGACAGGAAGACCCCCACUGACUGUACUAGGCAGGACAGAGUCUGUCCUGUCUCACUGCCCCUCCUGGAACCCUGGGGCUCUAAAUAAAAAAGAACAAAUGCAAAACGUGGUUAUUAGUAUAAAUAUAAAAAUGAUGCAGAUUAAUUUAAAAUAUAUAAGAAAUACUAUGUACAGUAAUAAUUUUGUUUUUGUUUUUUUGUUAAUUGUAAGUGGUCAUGCUGUAUAUGAAGAAGGACCCCUCUGCCCCUCAGCAUCUAAAGAAUAAGUAGUUGCCAGUUCUUGAUAGACAAGAUAAGAUUUUUUUUUCUUAAAACAAAAAAGUUCUUUAAAAUUUGACAGCAACGUUGUCAACAAACCAUAAACAGACUCACUUGUCUCACAGUUGUGUUUUUUCGCCUGGACUCGACCAGGACAUGUAUAUAUUUAUUAUUGGAAGACUGAGUGUACAGAUCAAAGUCUGGUGAACUUGGUGGCCAUUUUCUCUUGUUCUCCACCUGGGGGAAAAAAAAAAUUGUUACCUAAAUGUGAACUCUUAUCAGUUUAAAUGUCCUUGGAUAUACCUCUCCAGAGCAGUAAGCCGUGUGGUCUCUCUCUCAGACUGGAAGACUUGCUGGUCCCAUGUUUUACUAAACUAGCAUAGGCAGGCACAAUAUUCAGUCGUCUAAUUCUGUAGUAACUCAGCAAUAAAGGGGGCAGUGGGAAAGCUGGGCUUUGACCUCCAAUCUUUCAUGUGCUUUUCAAUGCCGCUGUUGCUAAAAGACCAUGCCUGUAUAUCUCAGUCCCACCAGUGGGACACACCACUGACCACUGUUGCACACUAGUGUUCCUCCUCUGCUGGAGUGGUUUGUGUCAGCGCUGUCCAUGCAGCAGCCCAUUGAACCCCAAAUUUGGUCAUUGCAUCUUGGCAUGCCAACAGAUGACCUGAUUGGGGUUAGGUGAAAGAUGAUCAGCGGGUUUGGUGCGGCGGUAUCAAAGGAUUUACGCCGAGUGGCAGGAGUCCAGGAGAUUCCAUGUUCAAACAAUCAUAGGGCCAUAUGUCAACCCCUCUAUUUUGGGCUCUUUUAAGCCUGUGGCAGACUCAUCCUGCACACAGGGAGCAAGGUGCCCAGCAUCUGCUCGCACCAUUUUGGACACCUCCCAUCUUUUAAUAGCUGUGCCUGCAUUUAUAGAGCUUCAACCAAACGGAGGUAAAUGGCAGGUGCAGGGCCGGAGUGGUGGCACUUCACACUGGGUUUAUUUUUACCCAGCAGGAGGUUGUUGUCUGCGCGGGCCUCCCUUACAGGAGUACAGUAGACACGUGGAACACUUCUUCCUGACCUCAUGUUGACACAGUGGCCGGUGCAGGGUAACACCUUCCCCCACUGGCCCGGAGGGCGGGCCGGCAUCUGCGAGGAGAGCUCGGGAUGCCCAAGCAUGCACAUGCGAAUAGCUAUGCAAGAAACAAAGUGUCAGCAUGCUCCAGAGGGUAACGGCUAACCCAACAGUGUGUCAGUACAAGGUGUGAUCUCUGGUGGGAGAAAGGGAUCGCGUGCUCCCUCCUCCCUGUGUUUAGCGACAUGUCCAUUACGCCGGGUGUGAGUAAAACUUUAAAUCAGUCCAGCAGAGCUGCCGCUCAUCUCCGUGUGAGAGAGGACGUGUCGGAGGUGUUUGCUUAUACUACUGACGGAUUUUCUGUGAUCGUUAUAAAUUGUGGUGCUGUCGCAACAAUAUGAUACUGUGAUCAAAGAAAUCCCUAGCAUUGCGGUAGGGUUGCCGCCAUGCUUGAGAUAUCAUGCUGACUACCCACUCCGGCACCCAAUCAUCCCAACUUGAACUAGCUGCUGUCCAGCUAGCAAGCUCCACUGUAGACGGUGACGGUAUAACUUGAGUUAUUUUACUGUAGUGCAAUACAACAGGGACCAAUUCUGACUGAAACCAUGCUGCAAAGCAUGCUUUUACUUAGAUUUGGGAGAAUUUGUACGCUAUCAACUAACACACAGUAUUCUAAAGCCCUCUGAUUUGAAACAUGUAUCCCGUAUGUCGGAAGACGAACUGUAUUUGAUUUGCUUAACUGACGAAAAAAAAGAAUUUUGUGCUCGUUUCAAUAAAAGUGCAGUAUAAAUUAAAACUUUUUGCAGAAAAUCUUUACAACUAGUAUUUUAUAGUGUCCCUAAGGAUCAUCUGUAAGAAUCAUACUAAUGGGAGUCUCUCAUCUACCCGUUUAUUUUUGCCUAGAAAUGUGGCACUGUGUUAAGUAAAAGAUACGGAUAUGUCUUACAUUACAAACUGUGUCUCAGCGUGUAAAUGUAUCAGCGUCAAUACAGUAGGUUGCCGAAAAUACCAUUGAAAAUAAAGUAUGCAGCGCCCUGCUGACUACUACCUCAUUAUCAUGUUGUCAAUAUUUCUCUGACUUGACACUUACUGCUCUUUAUCAUCUCCACAUGUCUGUGACAUACAGUACCUGAGCCAUCCAUGUUUUUAUCAAAAACCCUCUCCCUCAGUGCUCCUGCCAAAAUAUUUGUAAUUGUAGUUUCUGAUCUUCUCUUCCCGUUUGUUCCUCAUAGACCUGUUUGUAAAGGUAAAGCAUGCUUCACGUUGACCACAUGACUUGGCCAUCAGUGGGUGUGACCCCAACUUUGGUCCCUAAGCGGGUAUGUAUUUUUAUGAACAUCAGUGUGUCAGAAUUGGUCCCUUGAUGAUAAAUUGCCGACAGGGGCAGGUGACUGAUUUCCUGCUUCUGUGCUACGAGUAUUUAUAGUGUGAAAUAUAUCAUUUGGCAAUGGUGUACAUUGAUAUCUCUGAUCGUUGAAUCACCACUAUCUGUGUAUCUUUUAUGUUUUGAUUUUCAAAAAGGUAAAGGAUCAAUGAAUUAAAUACUCCCUGAACUCCGA